GGCGGCUCAAGAAAUUUCGCUGUCACGGCUCUCUCACGGCAUUGAUCUUCCCAAACCCAUAAUGCCACCACUCGAUCGAUCACCACACUGCUGCAAAUAAUCGACUUUCUCUCUCUCUAGUCUCUAUAUACAAUAUCGAUCAGUGGAGCUUAAUUUGCAAAUUAACCACAUUCGAAUUUCUCUCUCUCUCUCUCUAGUCUCUAUAAACAAGAUUGAUCAGUGGAGCUUAAUUUGCAAAUUAACCAACAUUGCAUUGCCUACGCAAGAGCGAGCAUACAUGAUUUCCAUGGCGCCGGCGGCGCCAUUUCCACGUCGUCUUCUACUCUCGCUCCUCCUCGGCGUGCUCGUCGUCGCCGUCGUCGCGGCGGCCGACGUCGAGUCGUCGGCCGGCGGCGGCGGUGGCCGCCGGCAUUCGCCGCGGCGGACGCGCUACUCCCGCGUGUUCAGCUUCGGCGACUCGCUCACCGACACCGGCAACGCGGCCAUCCUCCCGGCCACCGCCGGCGGGCCCUUCACGCGGCCUCCGUACGGGAUGACCUUCUACCACCACCCCACCGGCCGCGCCUCCGACGGCCGCCUCGUCAUCGACUUCCUCGUGAAGGCGCUGGGGCUGCCGGAGCCGACGCCGUACCUCGCCGGAAAGACGGCGGCGGACUUCCGGCGAGGGGUGAACUUCGCGGUGGGCGGCGCGACGGCGCUUGACCCGGCGUUCUUGAAGAGCAGGGGAAUGACCUCCUCCGUGCCAGUGUCUCUCAGCAACGAGACGAGGUGGUUCCAGGAUGUCCUGCAGCUGCUCGGCGCAUCAGCGCACGAGAAGCACACAAUCGCGGCAAGCUCAAUCUUCUAUUUCGGCGAGAUCGGAUUCAACGACUACUCUUUCGCCCUCUCCGCCGGCAACGGCACCGUCGACGUUGCGGCGAGCUUGGUGCCCGACAUCAUCGCCGUCAUCCGUUCGGCCGUCACUGCCGUGAUCGCCGCCGGAGCAAGGACGGUGGUGGUCGCCGGCAUGAUACCAAUUGGAUGCGAGCCGGAGAUGCUUGCCCUCUUCCCCGGUGGCGCAGGCAACUACUACGACCCGGCGUCCGGCUGCAUCACGCGGUUCAACGACCUCGCCGAGCUGCACAACCGUGAGCUGCAGCGGGCGCUCCACGAGCUCCGCCGAGCCCACCCCGGCGCCACCGCCGUCCGCUAUGCCGACCUUUACGGUCCAGUCGCCGCAGCUGUCGCUUCGCCCAAAGAAUACGGGUUUGGGAGCUCGCCGUUGGCGGCAUGCUGCGGCAGCGGCGGUGAGCCGUACAACUUCAACGCCAACUUCACGGGAUUCUGCGCCACACCAGGGUCGACGGUGUGCGCGGACGGCCCAUCAUCGUCGGUGUCAUGGGACGGAAUCCACUACACGGAGGCCACCAACAAGCUCGUCGCCCGUGCCAUCCUGACACGACCGUGAAAUCAUCAACUAUAUACUCCCUCCGUCCUAAAAAGACCAUCGUUUUAGUUAGUCCAGGCAGGGACGGAUCCAGAAACAGAAAAUUGGGGGGCCUCGGUUACAUGGUUUCUUCGACCUCUAGCCAUCUAAAAACCUUUAAUUUAGCAUUUACGGUGAAAAAAAUCAAAGGGGUGCUCCGAGGGGUAUCCAUAGGUCUUGUGGGUGUAGGGGGGACUCGAGUCCCCCUGCACCCAUGUUGGAUCCGCCCCUGAGUCCAGACAUAUUAAACAUGCAUUUUGUUAAUAUGCUCUGCAUUAAUAUGAAGAGAGGAAAUAAGAAGGAAAAAGAAUGAGAAGGAAAGAAUACAGUUGGAAUGAGAUGAGAAAGACCAAGGGAUAAUAAGGAGGUCUAAUGAUUCCACUCUAAAAAGACACUAU